CAGGGCCUCUGCUUUCUUUCUUGCUUGGGAAGCCUUCUUCCCUUCAAAACCCCGCCACAAAAUAGGUUUCUUAGUGCAUUGGAUGCUAAAACCCCCGAAGCCCUCGUCGCUUGGGUUUCUCCUGAAACGUGAAAUUACAGCUUGGAAGGCGCUUGGUCCAUUCCAUGGGGAAAAGGAAGCCGGUGGUCGUCCUUUCCUCAUCGGAAGACGACACGGUCCGAACCCGCUCCACCGGCCGAGAUCGAGCUACUUGCAUAUCCAGCUCGAAGCCUUUGUCGGCCGCGCGGAAGAAGAGUCGCGGUGGAAGAUCAAUAAGUGGCUCGGACAGAGGCUCUGAAGGUUUGCUUUCUCGUGAAGUAGAGGCGAACAAGUUCGCCACACUUUCGGAGGAUUUUUGCGACUGUCUCCAGGAUUUCCACUUUACGAGAGGGAAUCCGAGUACACAAUGCAAAGAGCUUUGGAUUGAUAAGUAUGAACCCAGUUCUAUCCCUCAGCUUGCUGUUAAUAAGAAAAAGGUUGAAGAAGUAAAAAAUUGGUUAGAGGACAGGCUGAUCACAUCCAAGGGAAGCCGGGGUAAUGUGCUUCUUCUUACUGGACAAACUGGAGUUGGAAAAUCUGCAACUGUUCGUGUGAUUGCAUCAGAACUUGGUUCUCAGCUGUAUGAAUGGACCGCUCCUACACCAACAUUGUGGCAAGAGCAUUUACAUAUUGUAAAUUCAGGUCUCAAGUAUAUGUCAAAGUUAGAUGAGUUUGAAGCCUUUGUAGAAAAGAUGGGAAAGUAUUCCUUGCUUUGUCCUAGCAAUGCUGGAGCAUCAAGGAAGCAAGCUAUUGUUGUAAUUGAUGAUCUCCCUAUCACAAAUGGAAGAGUUGCUUUUGGGAGAUUAAAGAAAUGCUUAACUACUGUCAGUGAUUCUGCUCAACUUCCAGUCGUUAUAUUGAUAACAGAAUAUCAUAAAGUUGGGCUUGGUGAUAAUUCAACAAGGCACAAUGAAGAGCUUGUGUCAUUUCUUGAGAGAGCUGGUGCUCACAAGGUUGCUUUCAAUCCUCUUACAGUAAAUUCCAUCAAAAAAGUUCUUUCCAUGUUAUGCAAAGAAGAGAAGUGUGAUGUGAUUCCCGAACAGAUUGAUCUGAUAGCUAAGGCUAGUGGUGGUGACAUAAGAAAUGCAAUAACAUCCUUACAGUACUACUUCUUAAGGCCAUAUAAUUUGCUCAGCUGUACUACAUCAACUCUGAUGGAAACCAAUGACAGAUUUGACUCAGAUGGAUCUAGGUUAUCACCGUUUACAGGACUUAUUGAGCGAAGGGAAGUCAACUUUAGUUCGCGCUUUCCAUUCGCAAAGGAUGAAACACUUACUCUUUUUCAUGCCUUGGGAAAAUUUCUGCACAACAAGAGGGAGGAAGUGGAUGCAUUAUACUUAGGCUCAGAAUCCCCUGUUCUCAAAGACAGAUAUGUGAGGAAGCCUCUAAAAAUGGAUGCUCCAGAGUUGAUUAUUUCUCAAGCGUAUGGGCAAGCAAUGCCCGUUACCGAUUUCCUGCAUGAGAAUGUUCUCGAUUUUUUAAGUGAUGGAGCUAUGGAUGAUGCUUGGGUGGUGACUUCUUAUUUAAGUGACGCUGAUUGCCUUCUUAGUAGUUCACUCCACAUUUCUUGUUUGCGGAAAUUUUCUGAGACGUAUGAGUCACAAAGUUUAUUGCAAUCAGUUGCUUGUUCAGUUGCAAUUCGUGGCGUUUUAUUUGGAAAUUCACAGCCAUUGACAUCAAGAUGGCAUGCUAUUCGAAGCCCAAGGCUUUGGCAAAUCGAGCAUUCAGCAAAGAAGCAUAUGAGCCAGGCGAUGAAUGAGAAAUUUGACACCUUCAAUGGUUUAAUCUCAUCUAUGUCUCAAGUAAUUAUCGAGUACCGACCAUCUAUGAGAUGGCUCAAUUCUCAUUGUGAGGGCCGCCUCGACAGUGAUAAACUUGAACAUUUUUCUGCCCAAUGUUGUUUAAAUGAUUCAGAAGACAACAAUUCCAUGGAAGAAAGUGAUGAUGAAAUAGAAGAUUGGUAGGCCGUCUUUUCUCAUUGCAUUGCAACUCUCCAGGUAUGCUUCUGUCUCGCAAUUUCACAUAUAGAAUGGUAUUUUUUUCCCAUUAUCAUUUUAUUGCUGUAAAUAAUGUUUUUAAGGUAUUCAAACAAAAGCCUUUUUUUUGUGGUAAAGUUUCACGCUCUAUAGUCAGGUGAGCCAGAGUCUUUAAAUAUGCUACGCAACAUUACUAGUUUUGAGAAUGAAAAUGUUGUGCAAUUGUAUAGGGUAGAACAGCAAUUUUGUGGAAUGAUUACGUUUCUUUUAAUCAAAAUUGUGAAAAUAUGAGGUUCUUCGCUUAAGGUCUGUUAACAUGAAUCAAGUGGUUCAUGAAUUUCAAAAA